AUGAAGCUUCUACUCCAGUUCUUCUAUGCUAGUUCUUUUUAAAAAUGUAGCAAGUGGGAGCAAGGAUAUUGCGUUCUCGAAAAUUGUAAAAAUGCAAAUGCUUCUAGAGAAACAAUUUCUUUUUUCGUGACUAAAUCUAUCGUAGUCUUGAAUGAUUGAAAUUUCAUCUUUAAAAUGACCUCUCAAAGCUUGAAUAGGAUAUCUUUUUCGCCAUUUCAUUGAACUUUGAACAUUAGAAUUAAAUAAUAAAAUGUUCGGAAUUUUUGAAUAUCUAUACAUUUCUGCAUCUUCAAAUUUUCUAUAAAUACACAUGUAAUUCCCAGAAAAUAAAUAAAAUAAUUAAUAAAAUAUAGUAAAAAUAUAAUGGCAAUAAUAUAAUAUAUUAUCAUAAUAGUAAUAUAAUAUUUUAUUAUAAUAAUAAUUUUAUGACAACAAUAUUUCAGUUAUAUUAAAACUUUUCUUUAUAUUUAUAUAUAAACUUUAUAUUUAGUAUAUUUAUCUUCCCAGUUUUGUAUCAUAUUUAAACAAUAAUUUAUUAUUUUAUUAUUUUAUUAUUAUUUAUUAUAUUUUGGAUGUAUAAUUCUAAUAACAGUUUUUAUAUAUUAUAAUAAUAAUCAUAUUAUGUUAUUAUAUUAAAACAUAUAAACAAUGUAAUAUAUAUUUAUUAAAUAUGUAAAUAGUAGAAUAUAUUAUUUUAAUUUUAUGUUGUAUAAACAAUUAAAUUCAUAAAUUAUAAGUAAUACAAUAUGCAUAAUAUAUAAUAUUUAAUAUAUAAUAUAUAAUACAAAAUUUAUAUUUUCAUUUAUAUUAUAUAUAAAACUUAUACAAAAUUAUAUAUAAUUAUAUAUAUAAUAUAUAAUUAUAUGUUAUAUAUAUAAUUAUAUAUAAUAAUUAUAAUUAUAUAUAUUAUGUAUAUAUAAUUUAAAAUUACAAUAAUAUAAAAAUAAUUACAAUACAAUUACAAUAAUAGAACAAUACUUAUUUACAUUAACGUAUAAUAUUCACUUAUAAUAUCCAUAGUAUAUAGCAUUGAUUAAAUUGGUUCGGUAAUAUCGAUGUCAGUAGAACAAUUAAACGAUUACGACUGACAAGAACACUUUAUUCACUCUGGUUGAUGCACUUUUCAUUUCUAUUUUCACUUUUACCGAACUACACUGAGCUGCACCAAACUAUCUAACGGGUCGCUUUUCCGCGCAUUUAUAUUUACGUGUCAAUCAGCCUACCUUCGAGUUUUGGCCAUUCGCAAUUAGACAUCUUGCGGUACUCUGCCUAACUAUUUCGAUCUUACUGUUUUGUCAACAACACCUCGAUUACUUUCAUGUUCCAACAAACGUAUAAUAAUAGUAACAAUAACAACAACAACAACAACAACAACAACGAUGACAAUAAUAAUAAUAAAUAAUAAAUAAUAAUAAUAAUAACAACAAUAAUAAUAAUAUUUAUCUUUACCGUUUCAGAGGAACGUAGAGAGUUCUCGAUCGUCAGAGUGGAGGGAAGAAAUCGUUCCAAAAGGCAUGACGCAGUAUUACCAAACAAGGAUCAACACAUCAAUCGUAGUGAACACGUGACGAAAAUCGAACUGGAGCUGGAGGAAGCUCCGGAGGAUGUGAUCCUUGUCGGAUCGAUGCCAUCCGAAUUGGGCGACGUCGGUGAAAUCAAUUCCACCUAUCCGAAUGGUAUUCCAGAACCAGGUGCGGUUAUAGUCAGAGCCGAAGAGGCAUUGAUAGUUAUUCUGGUUCUUCUUCUUUGGGCUGCGGCAAUCGCGUUGUUCUUCAAUCGAUGGGGCAAGAUCAGGAUGCUGGAGCCGUAUCAACCGAAAUUUCAACAGCAACACAGACAAAGCUGUACCACGAUCGAACAAAAUCAACUCCAGGUAAUACAUACUAUUCAAACGCGACCAAGGCAGAACAGCGUGUUCAUUGGCUCCAGCGCGUCCAUGCUACCAGGCAGUGAAGCUACACCACGUCGGACGAAAAGCGCAUUCGACCUUCAAUUCUUCAUACUGUCGGAGAACAACGCGGCGGCAGACUGCUCUUCUUCCGGCGAGCAGGAAGCUGCGUCGCGAAGCUUCAAGCCGUUGAACGAGUCCACGAGACUGUUGCUACGCGAACGAAAGGCCAGCGUGUGCCAGUGGGACAGAACCGAGGUGGCAAAGCCUGCCAUACGAGACCGAAGGAUGAGCAUCUGUCAGCUGGACUGUUCGCCGAGAAGCUGGCAACGUGAUCGUGGGAUGAGCGUCUGCCAGUUCGACAGGAUGGACGUGAUCGCCAGGCCGUUGCAGAGAGACCGUGGCGGCAGUAUCUGCCAAUUCGACAGGAUGGACGUUCUGGCCAGGCCGUUGCAGAGAGACCGCGUGGGCAGUGCUUACCACUUCGACAGGACGGACGUUCUGGCCAGGCCUAACUUGUCCCACGGCAGGUCCUUGACCAGGGAGAGACGCGUGAGUACGUGCAGCUUCCUGGAGAAGGACGAGGAGGCGACGAACGACACGCGGAUGGAACAACGUUUGAGUAGCAACAGCGUGAAGGCCAACGACGCCGACAUGUUUGUUGAAGAAGCGGAGUGUGAAAGCAGGAUGCACGAGAUAUUUGCCAAAUGCCGGCCUAAGCAGAGUAAUAAAAGCAUCGGUCACGGAUUGGCGGAUCAACCGUCUUGCAGCAAGACACCUGAUGUUGUAUUUGGAUACAAGGCUACC